AUGGCGUAUGUCCCCGACGCCACCCACACGUCGCCAACGCCGUCGCCCUCCCAGCUCUUACGGCUCACGCCAGAAAUCCGGCUGCGCCUUUACCGUUACUUGGGGUUGGCGACGUGGAAUGGCCAACCGUAUCAGUUCGACUUUAGAGGCGGAUCAGCCGACUGCAAAACGUACGCGGGCUGCCCGCCCGACCCGAUCGAAUUCCAUGGCCUUUUGAUCUCCUGUCGCACCAUCUACGCCGAGGCGGCUGCCUUGCUUUACUCGACGAACAGCUUCGUUGUCCAGCACCACGCCCCUGCCCAGCUACAUGGGCUCCACUCUCUUGGUGCUCUCACCGAGGCGUCGCUCCGGUCACUCUCUCAGCUCAAGAUCGUCAUCAACGAAGCCGCCUGCCACAAUAGAGUGACAGAAAACGACUAUAGCGAGGACAGGUGUUGCUGGCACAGCCGCGAGAAGUAUGACUGGUCAGACGUGCUGUGGUGCCGGAACAAGCAUUCCGAUAUCCAUCAAGCCCCGUUCCUAAGCGAUGGUGAAGGUGUGGCCUCGGCGGACGACGCGCAGCGCGCCUGGCACUCCGCCGCCGCCCGCCUCUUCUCUCACAUUACCCCCGGCCGUCUCGCCCUCUCUCUCGUGUGCGACAUCGACCCGCAGCACCCACGGGCGCUCAAUCUUGCCGAGUCUAUUCUCGCGCCCUUAUACCUCCUUCCUCGCUCCUAUCUCUCGAAAUGUCAGAUCCGGCUAGCCAAGGUGCCUUACUGGCCACUCGAAAAGCUUGCUCGGGAUGCCGCUGUACACGCCUGCGGACUGCCCACACCUGUCCCGCACACCUCGGAGCCGCUCAACACCACAGCUACCGCCACUCUGGCCAGCCUCCCGCGCGAGCUCCGCAUACGCAUCCUGGAAUACACCGACCUGGUUGCGCCACGGCGGCAGGUGAUCUGGAGCCGACAGGACCGUGCGUACGUGGUGCUCCGCUUCCGGCGCGUCGCGGAGCCGCCGCUAAACCCGGACGAGGCGCACGCCGAGCAGUUCUUCGAAUGCUACCGCGGCAGGCCCGAGGGCUGCUUCUGCCGCCGCCGUCAUGCUACCUUUUCGCUACACUGUAGGUGCUGGGCGCCGCCGGGACCCGCGCUCUUCCUCGUGUGCCGCACCCUGUCCCAGGAGGCCCAGCACGUCUUCUUUUCCCGCAACCGGUUUAUCGUUCACGACUACAAGGUGUUCCCGACCUGGUGGCUGCCGUCGCUGCAACCGAGUCCCUCCUCAGACCCGCACUCGCCACAACAUGGCGCCUACCCGUUCAAGAGAUUCGUCGCUUCCGAAUUCCUCCGUGACGUGGUGCCCGCGCCCGCCCUCUCCCACCUUCGCUUCCUCGAGCUCGUCUUCCCGCCUUACCCCCCCACGACCUGGCCCGGGCCGGACCACCCUGCCGUGCGGGACUGGGCAGCCGUGGUAGGUUGGCUGCGGGACAGGCUCAACCUGCCGGUGCUUACGCUGCGAGUGGUAGUUACAGACGAGAGCAAUGGGACGCCGGAUCGCGCCAGAGGGGCCACGCCUGAGGAGGCAGCGACGCAACUGGGGGCGUACACGGCUCUCCUGCGGCCGCUGCAGAGGCUGGCGGAGCCGCCCGGCCUCGCGCGGUUCUACGCGCAUUUCCAGUACCCGUGGGAGACGGCGCCCUGGGACCUCGCGCUCUAUCAGCCGCCGGGCCCGUGGUAUGACCCGUGUUUCCACAAAAGAGACCUCAAGGAACGCCUCGAGCGUUACGUCAUGGGCGCGCGGUACGAGAGCUUGUACGCGGAUGGCAGGAAGGAGCCGGGGCCCAGCGAUUGGGAUUAUAUGUACUUUGCUGACCGGCCGUGGUGA